UGUGCAGACUAGACCUCCGGGAUGGGUUUUACCGAUGGAAUCAAGAUGGCGACUCUGGCGAAAGCGCCAAUAUAUCUACUAAAGUAAAUGUCCAAAACUGACCGAGAUAGUGGGUUUUCCCUGGUCCGUUGGGGGUUCGGUGAAACAUGAAGACCGGGGUCAUGUCUUUGAAACGGAACUGAGUGGUAUUUUUCACCGUAGCGAAGCCGGCGAGAUGUGCGAGAACUAUGCCCGCUCGCUGCUGCGUGUUUCGGUGGCGCAGAUCUGCCAGGCUCUGGGCUGGGAUGCGGUGCAGCUCACAGCCUGCGAUCUGCUGUCCGAUGUGCUGCACAGGUACAUCCAGCAGCUGGCAAGGGUUUGCCAUCGCUACUCUGAGCUGUACGGAAGAACAGACCCGGUUCUGGACGACCUCGGCCAGGCCUUCAGACUGAUGGGGGUCAACCUGAGCGAGCUGGAAGACUACGUCAACAACCUGGAGCCCGUGGCGUUCACCCAUCAGACGCCGCUCUUUCCCCUCAACAAGAACAACGUCCUGCAGUUUCCUCAGCCUGGAGUCAGAGAUGCAGAGGAGAGAAAGGAUUACAUCCCAGAGCACAUGCCGCCUCUGGUCUCCUUACAAGAAGCAGAAGAGGAGGAGGAAGAGGUUCCUCCUGACAUGGGCACCUCGGCUGAGGCCAUGCAGGUGGCCUUGGAAGAAGACGAGGAUGAAAUAGACGAAGACGAAAUGGUCAACGACGAAAACCACCCGCUAAAGAGACACCUGGACAGUCCCGACGCGGCCCUGGGCAUGAUGCCCACCUCCAAGAGGCCACGGAUGUACCCCGGUCUAAGCCCAGAGUGGGGCGCGGAGCCCAGGGAGCCCCUUACCUCCCUCAACCCUCAGCGCGUCCCGCCAGGCAUUUUGCCUUCCCACGACAGCCUCGACCCCCUGUCGCCUGAAACCCCAUCCGGGCCCCUGCCUCCUUUCAGGCCUCUGCCGGUCCUACCCAAACACUCGGACCAGAAGGCGCUCGCCGUCCCGGUUAGAAAGCCUAAGGUCUCGUCCCCCGGCAGGCAACGAACUAAGUCCCCGAAAGGGGCGCUUCCUGUUGCGGUCGCAGGCAGUCCCAUACACUCUCCAAAACCUUCUAAGGAGCGGAAAAAGUCCCCGGGCAGGACCAAGAGUCCGAAAAGCCCAAAGAGCCCGAAGAUGGGCUCGCUUAAAGCGCCUCCAGCUCAGAUCAAAGUGGAAGCUCUGCACAAGCUGUCCGCUUUGAGCGAGAGGAUGGGGAAGGAGAUCGUCCACCAGCGUCCGGUCGACGACGACCCCCAGUUCCCCGAAGUCUCGUUCAAGAAGCUGGAGCCCGACAACACGGCUAUCGACGACUCCAUCGAUGCCGUGAUCGCCAGAGCGUGCGCCGAGCGCGAGCCCGACCCCUUCGCCUUCUCCUCCGGCUCUGACUCCGACAGCAACGGCUUCUCCAGCCCCAGGAGGCUGACCAUCAUGGAGCCGUCCACGCCCAAGAUCCCCGCCGGCAUCGGCGGUUUCAUGAAGGACACUUCGACGCCGCUUCACCCACACAUCCACGUAGGCCUCGGGAACUGGACUUUGGACGACUCGAUCAACGAAGUUGUCCGCAAAGCCAACCAGGGCGGUCCGUCGGCCCCGCCACCUCCUCCUCCCCCCAUCCCAGCCGAGUAUGUGUCGUCGGGAUCGGCGUCUCCGCCCACCCCCGAGCCGCUGCUCAAGGUGUUUGAGGAGAAGAGCAAGAUCACGCCGCCACCGCCUGAUGUGAAGAAGAAGCUAAAGAAGGACCUCAAGACCAAGAUGAAGAAGAAGGAGAAAGACAAGCCGAAGGACAAAGAUCGGGAAAAGGACAAGAGCAAGGUGAAGGAGAAGAACAAGGAGAAAAACAGAGACAAAAACAAGGAGUUCUCCAAGGAGCUCAAGAUGCCUUGGAAGGAUGUCAAGGUUGACGACCUCUUCAUGCCGCGAGAGUUCACCCUGCCGGAGGUCCCCAUCAAAAUAAAAUCAAGAGACGGAGAGGGCACCAAGAAGGAGAGGGAGAAACAUAAAGACAAGAAGAAGGACAAGGAGAAAAGCAAGAAGGACAAAGACAAAAAGGAGAAGAAUAAAGACAGGAACAAGGAGGACAAGCAGAAACAGUCGGCGCUGUCGACCUUUUCCCUCAGCGACCUCCCGCCGCUGUUCAGCCCCUCGACCUGCCUGCGGGUGCCUUCCAUGCUGCCGUCGCUAGCGCCCAUCCUGCACGACAAGGAGGUGAAGAGCAAGGAGAAGGAGAAGAAAAAAGACAAGAAGGAGAAGAAGAAGAAGAAAGACAAGGACAAGGAGCGAGAAAAGGCCAAGGAGAAGGAGAGGGAGAAGGAGGAGAAAAGGAAGGAAAAGGAGAGAGAAAAGGAGAAACGGGAGAAGGAGAAGGAAAAAGAGAAGGAGAAGAUUCGUCUGGAGAAGGUGAAGAUGGAGACUCCAGUCGUCUUGCCGUCUCCAGUCAUUCCCCGGCUGACCCUCAGGGUGGGAGCAGGUCAGGACAAAAUCGUUAUCAGCAAAGUGGUUCCGAACUCGGAGCCCAAGACCCCAGGAACCAAGACUCCUGCUGCCAAGUCGGCCCCCGGGAACCGUCCCCGGACGCCGCCACCUCCGCCGGUUCUCCCCCCAGUGGUUCCCAUUCUGCCGCCCGCCUCCCCGCUGCAGCCCGCUCCUGCCCCGCCAGGGUCUCUGCUGCCUCUGCCCUCUAUGCUGCCCCCUGCUGCCUCCGUCAAGCCGCCGGUCCGCAGCGUCGUAACCGAGACCGUCAGUACUUACGUGAUCCGGGAUGAAUGGGGAAAUCAAAUCUGGAUUUGUCCUGGAUGUAACAAACCGGAUGACGGCAGCCCCAUGAUUGGAUGUGACGACUGUGACGACUGGUAUCACUGGCCUUGUGUCGGGAUCCUUACGCCGCCCCCGGAGGACCAGCCGUGGUUCUGCGUAAAAUGUUCCAGCAAGAAGAAGGACAAAAAACACAAGAAGAAGAAACACAAACCCCACUGAGACUAUGCAAAGAAAAAAAAUUAAAGAAAAUAAACAAACGGACAGAUUUGGGACUUCCUCAACUAUAAAGCCAUUAUUGAUCGCUGGCGGCACUGCUGUAAAAAAAAAACAAACAAAACAAAGAAUAACUAAAAAUCCGCGGCUGACGGUGACUUUUGGGGGUUGUUUUUUUAAAAAGAGGUCAGCCGCUAUGCACCGUGAGUCGGGGAGAGGAAUCGGCUUUAACCAGCACAUACUCAGCCUUACUCCUGCUGCGGGGCUGUUUUUCCUUUAUCACCUGCGAAAAGUUUGCCUGUUAUUAUUAUUUUUUUUGUUUCCCCCGGCUGUUUUGCUGGCUGUUUCCUGCCGAUUUUGUCCGCGAAGACCACAUGAACUUUUAGAAAGUCAGAGCUGAACCUGGGAGAGGUCUGCCACCGUCGGUCUGUUUGCUUCCCGUCUUCUGCAGGAAGGCCGGGCCUCACCGCCGGACCCUUCUGCAGCUUCCUGCAGUGCCAUUGAAAUGUCAUGUAUAUAAAGAUGAUUGCGUCAGGCAUGUAUAAAUAUGUAAAUACCACCUUGGAACCCAAGUGCGUUCUGUUCUUAGGAUCGUCUCGUUUGAACCACUUUCACUUAUCGGUUUUUAAAAUCCAACUGUUUUUCCUUGUAAUUUGUGUACAUUUUUUUUAAAAAAAUUUGAACUUUGUAUUUUUAUUUUCUUUUUCUUCACAUGGAUUCUCGGAGUCAUAUACUGUAGCCGUGCUCGUAAUGUAAAUCAUUUUUGCUGAUAUUUCAAUAUUAAAGGUGAACAGUCUGUGCGUCCGCAGACUCAAAAAGAAA